AUGACAAGGCACUCUUCAGGAUCUCUAAAUUAUAAGUCAUCUUUGCCCACACAACGUCGCUUACCUGAUCCAUGCACCUGUCCUGAUGGCUCUACAGUUCUCAAAGACCACAUCCCAAAAGACCAGUAUGAGGAAUUAAUGCUGCGACGAGCUAAAGAGUUCCAGCAAUACAAAGCCAGGACUAAUUCAAUACUAUCCAAGCUACUUUUUGCUUUGCCUAACUCUCCUCUGCAGUAUCCUAUCCAGGGCGUUAUAGUACGACCCUUGACUGCAACUGCAAUACCAGGUUUAGCUCUGCAUGCUGAAGAAGGAAAGAGCUAUAAGGUUCUCUUAACUGUGUCAAAUGGUGUCCUAACCACAGAAACUCCAACUGCAGAGGCCACUGUUCAAGGUUCUGGAGGGACGAAACUGAUUAUUGAGUCUAGCAGCCCGUUGGUCCUCAAUGACCUGCUGGCCAAAGUGUCCUAUACCAGCACCAUCUACCACAUAAACACUGGAGACCUUGUCACCUUCCAGUUUGAAGACUAUGAAGCUGUGUUUCCCAUUACCAUCCAGCAGCCUCAUGUACCAGUCCUGUAUGACAUGGGAACAGAUAUCAGUUCUCAAGUCACCAUUGUCACAAAGACCUUCCUGCGCUACAAACAACUGAGGGUGUUGUUGGACAGCAUCCGGAAAUUCUAUAGUAACAUAAAAGUCAUUAUUGCAGAUGACAGCUUAGAACCAGAGAGUGUUACUGGAGAAAACAUCCAGCAUUACAUCAUGCCUCCAGCACAGGGCUGGUUUGCAGGCAGAAAUCUGGCUGUGUCCCAGGUAACAACCAAGUACUUCUUGUGGGUGGAUGACGACUUUUUGUUUUCAGAGAAGACGAAGAUAGAGAAACUUGUGGAGGUGAUGGAGGCAGUCCCUGAACUAGAUGUGGUUGGUGGGUCAGUACAAGGGAACAAGUUUCACUUUUCUAUCCUAUAUGAGGAAGGAGAUGAAAACGAAGGUGGCUGCCUAUACAGGAAGUCCGGUGGCAAAUUCCACCCCCUUCCUAGUUACCCACAAUGCCAUUUGGCCAGUGGAGUGGUCAACUUCUUCCUGGCUCGUACAGAUGCCAUGCAGAGGGUGAGAUUUGACCCUAAGCUCCAGCGAGUAGCGCAUUCAGAGUUCUUCAUGGAUGGCCUGGGCUCUUUGAUGGUUGCCUCAUGUGGUGAUGUGAUAAUUGACCAUCAACCUAAAACAGCCGAAAACAGUAAUCCUACCUACAACAAAUUCAGAAGCCCUGGAAGAAAUGAUGGAGAAUUCAAACUGCAGCUUCACUUUUUCAAAAACCACCUUAAGUGUAUUAGAUAUGGAUAG